AUGACAUUUAUAUUAUCGGUGAAUGGGUCUCCUGGUAAAAAUGGACGGCACGGACGUAGUGCCGCAUUCUCUGGUGGAGGAAGAAACGGAAGAGAUGGAGAGAAUGCCACAGCCCCGACCGUUGGAACUGAUGCCGGAGAAAUCGAUUUAACCCUCGUCGAAAGAGACAAUGUACACGGCGCCUCAGCUGAAAUAUCAGGCACCUUCCGUAAGCCAGGUCUUCAUACUGACAAUUUUGAACGAACGUAUAUUUGCGCUACGGAUGAUUUGUUUAUUUUGUCAGCUUGCGGAGGAAGUGGUGGAAAGGGGGGCAUCGGAGGAGAUGGAGAGGAUGGCUCUCGCGGUAAACAUGGACAAAACGCGACUCGGUAUUCCGCUGCCACUAAUGGAGGAAGAGGAGGUGAUGGAGGGGAUGCAGGCGCAGGAACCAGCGGUGCCGAUGGUGGAAAUGGCGGCAACAUUACCUUGCGCAUGCUUGAUACUGAUGCCGGAUUGUUAAUGAUGUUUGUACAAAGUUGGACUCCAACUGUUUCCUACUCCUUGGAUGUCAGGGGAGGUUCAGGCGGCGAGGCCGGUCGGCAUGGGAUACCAGGUAGAGGAGGACCGGGUGGCUUUGGUGGCAGUGGUUACUCGUGGACCGAAACGACAUAUGAUCGCAACUCGGACGGAGAGCUUGUCGCUCGAUAUACUACUCACCAUAAACCGGGCGGUUAUGAUGGUCCUUCCGGCAGUGAUGGACGUAGGCCAACCCAUCUUCUUUAUGACGGGAGGCCAGGAACUGACGGUAAAUUUUGGUUUUUGAUUCAAGACAGUAUCACGAACAAAGUCACAAAAUACGGCGAGAUUUUUGAUAUACGUUUGCGCUAUGUCGUUGCUCAUUCCGUUACGGGGGUUUUUGAACCCGAAGCUCAAAUUUACAUUGAUACAUUGACAGUUAAUAAUAUAUCUAAGAUGCCCACGCCGAGACGUGAUAUCCGCGUCAAUGUUAAUGACAAUGUAUGGAUUGUUAACAAGAAGGAGAUGGACUAUACAGCGCUUCCACAAUUGAUUGCUCCAAAGACUUCUCGAGAAUGUGACUGUGAACAAUCGCUUUCAUUCUUUCUCAGAAAACAUACGGUGGAUCAGCCGGGACCACCCCUUCGAGCAACUGACUUGUUGCGGUUAACAGCGACGAUGACUGGAGUUGGAAAGAUAUUUCCAGCUUUCGAUAUGGAAGGUCGUGUCAUCAACAUUCAAUAUCCUAUCGAGUUUACGCAUAUUUCACACUUGAAUUCUAUGGUGGUUAGCCAAAAAACCAAAGUCAAAUGGGGCGUGAAGAACACAUCCAACGUUGAUUUUGGCGCCCUUGCUCCAAACGAACGUCGUAUUCGUGUCAGGCUGGACAAGAAGGCCGGCGAAGUUUCGCCUUCCGCCUUGCGAUUUGGCUUGAAAACUGGACAACAAGGGAUCGGUACCGUCCCUCCGGUGCAGACUCUUGAAAGAGAAUAUAUAUUUGAAAUUCCUUUGUUGAGAGCUGGCCAGACUUUGCAGUUGGAGGCUACUUUAGAGUUAAGUGAAGCGGAGAUAUUUGAGUAUGCGGAAUUUUGGUUAUAUCUGGAACUUGGACAGAUCAAGGCACCCUCUUUGCCAAACGUUGUUCAUAUUCAAUCUUUUAAUGUCAGAGUUUCCACGAUCUACCGCGGUUUUCCUGCAGGCUUUUAUCCGGACGUACUACUAGUGACAAACCAUAAAAUAGCGCGCGAUGAAUAUGUGGCUUGGGCUGACCUACUCAAGCAACAGCUCGGCCUCCGAUUCUUUGUAUGGGAUAUAUCGCAAAUGGGACAUUUCGGUUUUACGAGACCUAUACCAACUCUUUAUUCGAGCGAACCCACUACAUUAAUGAAGGAUCUUGCUGGCAAGACAAUGAUUAUAUUGGAUAACGAGUUUGAAUAUGGAGAUUAUGCUCGAACGGUUACGGCGCUAACUUUUGCGGUGAAGCGUGAAUGGCUGCAAGCAGUUCACGAAAAUGACAAUAAGCCAACAAAUAAUGAUGAAAACCUCUCUGAAAGUGGUGCACAAAUUCCCGAUACCUCAGACAAUAAUGAGAAACCGGUCACCGGUUCUGCGAAAUUGAUUGAUGAAGUUAUUGACGUGAAAAUCAAAGCAAAGAUUUUUCGCAAAAUGCAAACCAGAAUGACUGGAAAGGCCACGAAAGCUGGCAAUAAUUUAAAAAAGUUCCGCCCUCAUAUUCAACAUUUGGUAAUUUACAAAUGGCACAAGGCGAAAAAGCCUCUUUUUAAUAGUAAAAAGAACAGUGACGAGAAGACUGGCGGAUGUAUAACAGUCGUACCAAUACUGACGACUACCAAACAAGGGUAUGUUUCUGCUGCUUGGAAAGAGGGUCCCACAACAUUCAUUCUGACAACGCCAAAUUUAAGAGGUGUUAUUGCAGGCUUGGGAAUUGAUAUUCACUUUCGUAUUUUAGAAAGGAUUUUUGUUACAGGACCUGUCAGUGAAGACGACAAGGUCGAUGAUGUAGGCCUGUUCCUCGCGGGAGGUUUCCGAGUACUUGACGAAAAUGAGAAAAAGUUUGCAGAAUUUAUCAAGCAACAGAUCGUUUACGACAUUGCUGUCGAAUUGUCAACCAUGUGCGACGGGAUCAGUGCCAAUUCUUCUCUUGGGGACGAGCAGAUUCUAGAGAUGAUGGAAAACUUGCGCCGUUUAGUCUGGAAGACAGAGUCUUUGAGUGAAUCAACGGCGACGACGACUAGAGACGAGUCACUACCAACAAUACCCGAAGAGAGUUCAACGGAAUUUGAUCAAACGCACGACGAUGAAAGUAAUGGUUAUGCUAACGGAACAGUGGAAACACCUCAGAUUUACAGUGACCUGGUUAAUCAUAACGGGCCAACUACAACUGCACUUGGUGAUAUUAAUGAAGAAGAGGAAACAGUCUUUUACAUGUUCCCCGUCAAACAAGAAACACCUCUUGGUGGUUGGAUAAUGGAUGUACUGGCUCAGCUUUACGCCUUUAUCAAGUGUCUCCGGGCAGGAAUUCAGCAAUCGAUUUUGCCCAACAGGAGGACCGCAAAGGUGCAACAGCAAUCUAUGGAUCUCCUUCACCGUAUAGGAGACGCAACAAUCGUCGACUUUGCGGAUCCGAGAUCUUCAGCCGCGUUGGAAUCCUCGCGUCAACAGCAAGGAAUUAUAAUGAUAGCGAACGAAGAAUCUUCUGCACCACCGAAUAUCAGUAACGACAACCAGCAGGAUAUAGAGUUUGUAACUGAUACGUCGACUCCGGUUCAAAAUCAAUUCAAUGGAUUAUCAAUUCAUUCUUCGUCGCCAAUGUCUAUUGCAUCUGGUCUUUCGUUCGCAUCUGCCAUGACGAGUGCAACAAGAAUGUCUUCUUCCAGUUUCUAUAGCUGCGGCACAGCAGCUUCUCGUUCGCGUGUUCCAUUUAAACAAUUGGGCCCGGAGCGGCAAAAGACGAUCAAAUCGUUUAAAAGGGGAGCGAAAUUACAGCUUCGCAAAAUGAUUCAGAAUCAUUACAAACAGUGGAAGAAAGACGCGAAUUAUUUUCUCGGCGGCGUGUUUGACCCAUCGAAAAAGGCUUUACGUCGGAGUGCCAAGAAAGCAGUUUUCGGCCCUUUUGAAGUUUUGGUCGACAACACAUUGUAUGGAUCGAAAAAAAGUGACGGGCAGCAAAUAGGAGGAAUGCAGAACAUAAUUAUCUCGGGUCCGGAAUACUUGGAUUUACGAGCACUGGAGACACGCAAAAUGAAUGAUUUGGAAGAUAUGAUUUCCAACUUUUUCCACUUUCAAAGUGCUAUGAUUGAGGGACUCAUAUAA